AUGACGUGCCCUUUCAGCAACCCGAGAAACCUCUUCAAGGACCUCGCCAUAGCCCGAGAAACACAAAGUAUAGAAUACAGCGAGAAACUAGGAGGCUAUGCCAUCUCUCGCUCAAGGCCCACGGUACCCGAUUUCCCACCACAAGUCAAGCAAAUCUUUGCAAACAAGGUCCCGGAAAGGGGGACAUUGCUCGCGUAUGACAACCCUGAUCACGAUAGACUGCGAAAGAGCGUAGCAUUAUUCUUUAUGCCUAGAAGACUAGAGCGUUUUGAGCCUUUGUUGAGAGCAACAGCGCAUGAUCUGAUAGACGGGUUUGUGGAAAAGGGUUGUGCUGAUAUCAAGAGCAACUUUGCACUUCCAUUACCCCUAUAG